CCUUGUUGUGCAAAAUAGCUGAAAGCUACCCUCAAGAUGAGAGCAAGGCAGCUGGUCUGUGGAAUUUGGAGUCUGUGUUUCCUGUUCUGUCUUUUCUGCAUCUUUCUUCACCAAACAACAGCUAAAAGAAAACUGAAGUUUGUGUCCCUAGUAUUUCGCCAUGGUGAUCAUACUCCACAGGAGUUUUUCCCAACUGAUAAGCAUAAAGAAAUUGCAAGACAACAGGGAUAUGGCCAACUUACCAAGCUUGGCAUACAACAACAGUAUGAGCUUGGCCAGUACAUGCGGAGGAGAUACUCUCAUUUCCUGAGCGUUGUAUACAAGCAGUGUGAGAUUUAUGUUCAAAGCACUGACUGUGAUCACACACUUAUGAGUGCUCAGGCAAGUCUUGCUGGACUCUACCCACCAACACAGGAUCAGAUUUGGAAUCCCAACAUCCUUUGGCAGCCAAUUCCAGUUCACACAAUGCCACUGUCACAGGAUAAUUUGCUAUACCUACCUUUCUCACACUGCCCAAAAUACAAGGAGCUUCUGAGAGAAACCUUUGCAACAAGGGAUUUCCAAAGGCAGUUCAAACACUACAAGCAAUUUCUGAAGUUUUUGGCCACUCAUACAGGAUAUCCAGUAAAGAAGUUGACUAGUGAAAGGAUUUGGAAGCUCUCUGACACUUUAAAUUAUGAGGAUAUCAACAAUUACACUUUACCUGUUUGGGCUACUCAUGGUGUCAGGAUGAAGCUGACAAAGUUGUCAGAAUUGUUAUUGCAGGCGGAAUUUGGGUUCCACAAACAAAUACAAAAAUCCCGUUUGCAGGGAGGUAUUCUUUUAAAAACUAUUCUAAAGCAUAUCUUAGAUGCUAAAAAGCCUUCAUACCAUCAAAAAAUGGUUAUGUAUUCCACGCAUGCAGCCACCAUUGCUGCCUUACAGAUGGCACUCAAUGUCUUCAAUGGGAAAUUGCCUCCUCACAGUGCCUGCCAUUUUUUUGAACUUUACCAGGAAAAAAAUGGGCAAUACACCAUAGAAAUGUACUACAGGAACAAUUCUUUGAGGGAGCCUCACCCCCUCACUCUCCCUGGCUGCAAAUUUCGCUGUCCCCUGGAGAGAUUUACUCAUCUGGUCUCUCCCAUCCUUGUACCCUAUUGGACAAGAGAAUGUAGAAUGUAGGACAUCAAAAGAGGUGUUCCCUCCAUUAUCUUCAGUGUGGUUCACUUCAUGAAAGAACUCUUUCCACACUGUGAUAUGACUGUGGUCCAACAUUUCUCUUU